GAUGCGGAGGUGGUGCGCACCCGGGACCCCCAGCGCCUGGCCCAGUGCGACGUGGUGGUGGACGUGGGGGGUGAGUACGACCCCGAGCGACACCGCUACGACCAUCACCAGAGGUCCUUCACGCAGUCCAUGCGGAGCCUCCGGCCCGACAAGCCCUGGACCACGAAGCUGAGCAGCGCUGGGCUGGUCUACUGCCACUUCGGCUCCCAAAUCCUUGCGGGGCUUCUAGGGCAGCCAGAGGAUGGCCCCGUUGUGACAGCGCUCUACGAUAAGCUGUACGAGAACUUCGUGGAGGAGAUCGAUGCCAUCGACAACGGCAUCGCGCAAGCGGACGGCGAGCCCCGCUACGCCCUCACCACCACCCUCAGUGCCCGCGUGGGCCACCUGAACCCCCGCUGGAACGACCCCGACCAGGACACUGAGGCGGGGUUCAAAAGGGCGAUGGAGCUGGUCGGGGGCGAGUUCAUGGACCGGGUUGACUACUACCACCGCGCCUGGCUGCCUGCGCGGGCGCUGGUGGAGGAUGCCAUUCGGCGACGCUUUGAGGUACCCACCAUCCCAGUUCUGGGGGGGGUCUGA